AUGGGGAGGAAUCGAGCCGUGUCGAAUGCUUCGACGCGGAGCAGCGAGCCGCCGUUACAAGAGCUGGGGAGCAUGUAUGAUUACUUAGCAAAGGUUGUACUGCUGGGUCCCAGCGGAGCUGGCAAGUCUUGUCUCCUCCACCGCUUCGUGAAGUCUGAAUGGCGCGUACUAUCCAGCCAAACGAUCGGGGUAGAAUUCUCUUCUAAAAUCGUCCAUAUCGCCGACCGCCGUCGCUCGCCCUCUUCUUCGGCCUCGCGAAAACGAAUAAAACUUCAGCUCUGGGAUACCGCCGGCACAGAACGCUUCCGCUCCGUCUCACGAUCCUACUACCGCGGCGCUGCUGGCGCGAUCCUAGUGUACGAUGUGAGCAGCUGGCGGAGCUUCGAGCAAUUGAAGACGUUUCUAGAUGAUGCGCGAGCGCUGGCCGGACCGGACAUAACAAUCAUACUUGCCGGCAACAAGAACGACGUUGAAGAUGGUGUGCCCAUAGGCAUGAGUGGGGGAUAUAGCAGUUAUGGUAGUACACCUGGUUCAGAAAGCGGACUCCCACCACCCACACCAUCAUCACAAUCGAGUCGGACACCGAGUCUGAAUGCAAAUCUACAUGCGAGUUAUACCGUUGCGCCCGAUGGCCGCGAAGUUCCUGCUGAAGUCGCAUCGAGAUGGGCGGGGCAGAAUGGCAUACCGGUAGCAGUGGAAGUUUCCGCGCUGAAUGGGGAGAAUGUGGAGGAGCUAUUCAACCGAUUAGCGCGAAUGAUCUUGACUAAAAUUGAGCUCGGCGAGAUUGAUCCUGAUGAUCCUGCGAGUGGUAUACAGUAUGGUGACUUGGGUUGGGAUGAUGGUGGUGGAAGUAUCAAGAGUGGGUUUGGAGAUGACGGCGUCAGGUAUCGAAGACGAGGGAAGAAAACUGGUGGGUUGGGCGAAUGGGAAGACGUGUUCAGGCUUGGUGGGGGCAGUAGGAGGAGAGGAGGAUGUUGCUAG